AUGUUAGUUAAGCUGGCCUCUCCAGCCACCCUCAACUCAUACGUCAAUGUGGUGGCUCUGCCCACUGGCUGUGCUCCCGCUGGAACCAACUGUCUGAUCUCCGGAUGGGGCAAUACCCUGAGCAGUGGCACCAACAUGCCUAACCUCCUGCAGUGUGUGGACGCCCCAAUUCUGACCACCACCCAGUGUACCAAUGCUUACCCCGGUGAGAUCACCGACAACAUGAUCUGCGUUGGCUACCUGGAGGGUGGCAAGGAUUCCUGCCAGGGUGACUCCGGUGGCCCCGUGGUGUGUAACGGACAGCUCCAGGGUAUUGUCUCCUGGGGAUACGGCUGUGCCCUGAGGGGCUACCCCGGUGUCUACACCAAGGUCUGCAACUACAACGGCUGGAUCGCCAGCACUGUGGCCGCCAACUAA